AUGACACCGCGCGAAUUGGGCGAAAGCGACUUCAGCGGCGAAAUUGACAACAUCGUGGCGAGGUUGGAGACAGAUGAAUCACCGCGUUUCCAUGCUGACUUUGUCGUGGAUGUUCCCUCACCGCCAUCCUAUAAGGUCAAACCACGUCGAAAACGGCAUCGGCAAUUACCAAUAGAAGCGUCUGUCCGGAACACACAGAGGCAAUUUCUUGAAGCGCUUGACGUCGCAUGGAACACGAAAGGCGACCAAGGAUAUACAUUUGAAACCGCGUACGACCAUUAUCUAAAGCUUCCGGAUAGCAGGGUAUGUUGGUUAAGCGAGCCGCAGUUGAACAAAUUUCUUUCUCUUUUCAGCAGAGGGCUGCUUAAGACCAGGCGGGCCAUGGUUGCCUACCUCUCAGUCCUGGAAGACAUGAAGGAGAACGGCACCGACAUUACCGUAGAGGAUUGGAAUUCUGCAAUAGCAUUCGUCGGUCGUCACAGGAGGAUUGUAACGGCAAACGAAAUGCGGGGUGCAGUGAGUGUUUGGCAGGAUAUGGAACUGAACUAUAAAAUCAAAGCCGACACCGUCACGUUCAAUACCCUUAUUGAUAUCGCGUUUCGUGCUCGAUUGUGGAAUACCCUUACGGAACUGGUCGAAGAGAUGGGAAAACGGGAGCUGCCAUUCGACCGUUUCACUUACGUGAUGCUCAUUAUUCAUCGGGGAAUUAUGGGUGAUGCAUCCGGCGUCCAUCAAAUAUUUGCGGACAUGCAAAAAGCGGGUGAGGUUGUCGACACUGUCACACUGAAUGCUGUGAUUACGUCGCUUCUUCGUGUUGGCGAUUUACAUGCUGCUGACGGGAUAUUUGAGGGUAUGAAGCGCCGUGGUCUACUGCGAGACUGCAAGCCCCCCCAAACAAAAUAUGGCCAACGAGUAUUGGCGAGAAAUUUGAAGCGCAAGGCAGGUCAGGAAAGCACGCAAGAAAAGACCGACGACCGGGAUGUUCCCAUUGCCCCAGAUCUUACUACGUUCGCCAUAUUCAUAUCCCAUCAUUGUUGCAGCGGGAAUUUCAACAAGGUAUAUGAAUACCUUAUCCAGCUUGCGGAUUUCAAAAUUUCCGCGACUCCUCAAAUCUAUACGCACUUAUUUACUGCGUUUGCGAAUUAUGGGCAUUGGAAGCACACCAAGUGGAAUCACGAAAAACUCAUGGGUGUUUACAGGGUCAUGAUGUCGCAAACGGAACCCAGGAUACCGAUGCAACGGAAACUGGUGCUGAUGGCGAUCAGAGCAUUCGGCGCCGUAGGAACAGAAGAAACGUUGGUGGCUGCGUGGCGAGAAAUGCAUCAGCGAUGGUUAGAUGAGGCGCCACGAGAGCCUCUGGAAAAGGGUGUGGAUGAGUUUCCCGCAAUGGAGGUCCGGAGAGCAUGGGAAGAGGUAAAAAGUCGGGAGCAACAGCUGGACCGCGGUUUAUUGUGGUUCCCACGACAAUAUGACCCAUGUCAAAAUUAG